AUGGAACUUUUCGAGGAGUUGGCUGAGGACAAGGAGAACUUCAAGAAGUUUUACGAACAAUUCAGCAAGAACCUGAAGUUGGGAGUCCAUGAAGAUUCUACCAACCGCAAGAAGAUCGCUGAGCUCAUCCGUUUCCACACUUCCUCAUCUGGAGAAGACCAGAAACACAUCUACUACAUCACUGGUGAGAACCAAGAUAAAGUCAGCAACUCCUCAUUCGUCGAGCGUGUCAAGAAGCGCGGAUUGGAGGUCAUCUUCAUGACUGAGCCCAUUGAUGGGUACGUCGUCCAGCAGCUUACGGAAUACGAUGGCAAGCAGCUCGAAUGCGACACCUAUGCUACUGAUCAAGUUGAAAUUGUUUGUGAUUAA